AUGGCCGGCGCCCGCCUCGCUCAGGCCCGCAUCUCCGCUGCCGCCGCCGCCGCGGUGUGGCUCCUGUGGGCGCUCGGCCUCCCGGGCACCGAGGCCGGACCGCCGCCCUUGCCCCUCCGGCCGCCGGCCGGAACCGCCUGCCUGGACCUCUUUACCGCCGGGGUGCCUGCCUUUGUGCUCGACACCGAGGCCUCGGUCAGCAACGGGGCCACCUUCCUGGGCUCCCCCGCCGUGCGCCGCGACUGGGACUGCGUCCGCGCCUGCUGUGCCACACACAGCUGCAACCUAGCGCUGGUGGAGCUGCGGCCCAACGGCCUGGAGGACGACACCCCCUCCUGCUUCCUCAUGAACUGCCUCUACGAGCAGAACUUUGUGUGCAAGUUCGCGCCCAGGGAGGGCUUCAUCAACUACCUCAUGCGAGAGGUUUAUAGCUCGUACCGGGAGCUUCAGACCCAGGGCUUUGGAGAGUCCCGGGUCCCCAAGGCCUGGGCGGGCAUGGACUUGAAGGUACAGCCCCAGGAACCCCUGGUGCUGAGGAGUGAUGAGAACACAGAGUGGCACCUGCUGCAAGGUGACACGGCUGUCAGGGUAGAGAAAAAUGACCCGGACCAGGUGAAGCUAUGGGGACUCCAAGAAGGCACCUACCUGUUCCAGCUGACAGUGACCAACUCAGACCAGCCAGAUAACACUGCCAACCUCACGGUCACUGUGCUGUCUGCCAAGCAGACAGAAGAAUAUUGCCUUGCGUCCUACAAGGUGGGCCGCUGCCGGGGCGCCUUCCCUCGCUGGUACUACAGCCCUCCGGAACAGGUCUGCAAGAGCUUCAUUUACGGAGGUUGCCUGGGCAACAAGAACAACUACCUUCGGGAAGAAGAGUGCAAGCUCGCCUGCCGGGAUGUGCAAGGCCCCUCAAUGGAAAGGCAACAUCCAGUAUGCUCUGGCACCUGUCAGGCCACCCAGUUCCGCUGUGGUGAUGGCUGCUGCAUCGAUGGCUUCCUGGAGUGUGACGACACCCCCGACUGUCCUGACGCCUCUGACGAGGCCACCUGUGAAAAAUACACCAGCGGCUUCGAUGAGCUCCAGAGCUUCCAUUUCCCCAGUGACAAAGGGCACUGCGUGGACCUGCCAGACACAGGACUCUGUCAGGAGAGCAUCCCUCGCUGGUAUUACAACCCCUUCACUGAGCACUGCUCUCGCUUUACCUAUGGCGGUUGUCAUGGCAACAAGAACAACUUUGAGGAGGAGCAGCACUGUCUGGAGUCCUGUCGUGGCAUCUCCAAGAAGGAUGUGUUUGGUCUGCGGCGAGAAAACCCCACCCCCAGCGUAGGCUCUGUGGAGGUGGCCAUUGCGGUGCUCCUGGCCGCCUGCAUUGUGGUGGUGAUAGCCAUCCUGGGUUACUGCUUCUUCAAGAACCAGAGGAAGGGCUUGCGCAGACACCGUCACCGCCACCACCCACCACCCACCCCCGCCAGCUCCACGGUCUCCACCACCGAGGACACAGAGCACCUGGUCUAUAACCACACGACCCGGCCCCUCUGAGCCGGGAGCUGCCUUGGUCCUUCAGCUGGGAUGCUCACCAGCUCUCCUGGCCUUGCUUCCUCCUCUCCAAGAUGGAGGCCUGGGCUGGGAAAAACUUUGGGACCACAUUUCUCCAGCCUGUCCCCUAGGGCCACUCUGCUCAGAGGCCAGGGCUCCAGCUCCUCCUGGAGGUGCCUCAGCUGAGCUGGGGGCAGGUGUUUCUGAAAAGGCUCAAGGGCCUGGGACAGGAAAAACCCCUGAGCCACGAGUCCUGUACUCAGAUGAACCUGUCUCUUCAGCCAUCUGCCUAGGAUUUCAGAUGAAGCUGACAUUUUGUUUCCUGUUCAAAACUGCCUACCCCCUACCCUGUGGCCACCGCAGGGUGUGGGGAGACCUGAGGCAGUGUCAGAAGCUGGAGGCCCCCUACCCUGUCCUCCAAACCUGCCUCUUCCCCUCCACCCAAUCCAGGCCAGGGGGGAAGGACCUCUCUGUAUAUUUUGUGCUGUAAAGAGUUUUGUUUAUUUAAUGCCAUGGAGGUGGGCAAAGAGGAGUGGAAGACUGCUGUCUGGCCUUUGCCUUCUGUCUUCCUCUUCCUCCAAUAUUGAGCCCUCUGACCUUGACCAUCCCCAGCUGGCCUGGCCUGGCUGGCAGAGCCAGAAAAGGCCCAGGGGUAGGGCAGGGGUGGGGGGGCUGCAUGCUUUCAUCCCCCACCACCACUCACCUGCAUUCACCUCUCCACCCCCUCCCCACUUCGCCAUAGGGCCCUGUCCACCCACAGUGUAAUAAAAUGGGUUGGUCUGUGGGCUUCUGCCUCCAUUCUGUGGGCCAGGGAAGGGAUACAGUUGCUUGGGGGGAGAUGGGACCGCCCUGUCCAAGUCCAACCGGUUCAGUCUUUGGCCACCCUGUUCAGCAGGUUUUCCUACCUCUCCCGAAACUGCCCCAGCCCCUAAGGGUGGAGAGAAGUGUUAAAUUUGACCACCAGAGGGGAGGGGUGAGAGGGCCAUGGGGGUUGGGGGCCAGAGAAGCUGCAGGGCUGCUGUGUAGGAUAGUUUCUUCCUGGUCUGAGCCUCCCAACAAGCCUGUUCAGUAGCUGGGGCACCCUUAGUGUGUUAGAUGGGGAUGGGGGAGGGGUUGCAGAUUUGAACCCUGGCCUCUAGUUCCAACUUUCUUUGGUGUAGUGGCUGGGAAUGGGGGUCCCAUUUGGCCCAGGUCACCAGUUGUCCCCCCAUUCACAGACACCUUGGCUUCUUCACAGGAAUGCAGCCCCCCUCCCCUGCGCAGCUCCACACUCCUGUCCAGCAGCCUUUAUUCUUUGAUCCUCUCCUAGUCCUCCAAAAAAUCCUACUUGUAUUCAUUCAACAAUUUGCUGAGCUCCUAUGUGCCAGGCACUGCCAGUCACUAGGAAUUUGGUUUGUCAAAGCUAAGAAGUUUCCUGAACACAACCAAACAUUUUGAGGGACAAAGUAGCAAGGGCAGGGGUCUGGGGACCAUGGUUUCAGGGGAUAACUAGGUCAAUUGGCAUAACAAAGUUUAUUAAUAAAAUGCUCUGCAUUCCACUUUGGUGAGUGGCAUCUGGGGUUUUAAAAGCUUGCCAGCAACCAUCUAAGAUGCAUCAAUUGACCCCAACCCACCUGGAACGAAGGAGCAUGAAGAACAUCACAGACACAAGGAUAAUAUUAGCCCAAGAGACAAGGGCCACAUAAAGCAGGGACUCCAUCAGCCUGAGAUCAGAAGAACUAGAUGGUGCCCAGCUACCACCUGUGACUGCCCUGAUAGGAAACAACAGAGAGUCCCUGCCAGAGCAGGAGAAAAGUGUGCAGAACUCAAAUUCUAGUAAAGGGACCAGACAUAAUGGUCUGACAGACAAGGAGCCCCAAAAGACAUGGAUGGCCCCCAGACUCUGUUAACCCAGAACUAAAACCAUUCCCAAAGCCAACUCUUCAGACAAAGAUUAGACUGGACUAUAAAACAUAAAAUAAUACUCGGGAAGAGUGUGCUUCAUAGUUCAAGUAGAUACACAAUACAGCUUCUGUCCGGAGGUGGGAUGAGGAGCCAGAAAGGGAUAGGAGCUGAUUGAAUGGACACAGGAGCUGGUUGAAUGGAUACGGGAAAGCCAGGGUGGAAAGGGGGAAUGUGCUGUUAUGUUAUAGGGAUAGCAACUAGGGUCACAUAACAAUAUGUGUAUAAGUUUUUGUACGAGAAGUUAACUUGAGCUGUAAGCUUUCACCUAAAGCACAAUAAACUGAAAAAAAAAAUUAGUUUGUCAAGACAAGCACUUAAAUAGUUCUUGGCACAUGGAAAGCAGUAUGUAAGUGCUUUACAUAGCUCAAGUGAUUGCACACAGCCUCGUGAUAUAAAACCAAACCCACUGCCAUCGAGUUGAUUUCAACUCAGUGACCCUGUGGGGCAGAGCAAAACUGCCCUAUUGGGUUUCCAAGGCCCUGUGAUCUAGCUACUAUUAUCCCUAUUUUACAGAUGAGGAGACUGACUCAGCAAGGUUAAGUGAGCUCCCAAGGUCCUAGAACCACCUGGGAGAAUUGGAUUCAAACCCUACAGUAAGGGUCCAGAGCCUAAGAGAGAACUUUAGAUUGUGGUAACGGCUGUGCAGAAACAUAAAUGGGAAUGUGAAAGGUUGAGCCUACUUCCUGGCAAGUGGAAAACAACCUACAUAGGAAGCCAUGAACGUACAGCUGAAUGAAUUCCAUAACUGCACACCCCUCUGAGGCAAGCACCCAGAUCAGACUCAUUAGCACCCCAGAAGGAUGGAGCUCCUUUGGGUGGGGCACACUGUCACACCUCCAUGUUUUUGUACAUGUGCUCUCAGCCAAGACCACUUCCCCACCAUUCAUCCCUCAGCCUAUGCUCUCGUUCCUGAAACUUGCACACACCCAGGUCGGGCUCUCCCUGCUCCACAUGCCUAUG